AUGUCGACCUCUCUCAUCAAGCUCAACAGCGGCUACGACAUGCCCCAAGUGGGCUUCGGCUUAUGGAAGGUCAACAACGACACCUGCGCAGACCAAGUCUACGAGGCCAUCAAGGCCGGAUACCGUCUGUUUGAUGGCGCAUGUGACUACGGCAACGAAGUCGAAGCCGGCCAGGGCGUCGCCCGCGCCAUUAAAGAAGGCAUCGUGACCCGCUCAGACCUCUUCAUCGUCUCCAAGCUCUGGAACAGCUUCCACGACGGCGAGCGCGUCGAGCCCAUUGCCCGAAAACAGCUAGCCGACUGGGGAAUCGACUACUUUGACCUGUACAUCGUUCACUUUCCAGUCUCGCUCACAUACGUCGACCCCGAGGUCCGCUACCCACCCGGUUGGGAGAACGCCGAAGGAAAGGUCGAGCUUGGCAAGGCCACGAUCCAGGAGACGUGGACUGCUAUGGAGGGACUUGUUGAUAAGGGCUUGGCCCGGAGCAUCGGGAUCAGUAACUUCAGCGCGCAAUUGCUGCUGGAUCUACUGCGGUAUGCGCGGAUUCGACCUGCGACGCUGCAGAUUGAGCACCAUCCGUACCUGACGCAGGAGCGGCUUGUGGCGUUUGCUAAGCGUGAGGGCAUUGCCGUGACGGCGUACUCGUCGUUUGGGCCAUUGAGCUUUAUUGAGCUGAAUGUGAAGCACGCCGAAGGGGCACAGCCUCUGUUUGAGCAUGAGGCUAUCAAGAGCCUCGCGGAGAAGUAUGGAAAGACUCCGGCGCAGGUGUUACUGAGGUGGGCGACGCAAAGGGGCAUUGCGGUCAUCCCCAAGAGCAACAAUCCGAAGCGGUUGGUGGAGAAUCUGGACGUCGUUGGGUUUGAUCUUAAGGAGGAAGAGAUCGAGGCUAUUAGUGCGCUGGAUCGCGGGUUACGGUUUAAUGAUCCUCAUAGCUACGACCUGCCCAUUACUAUCUUCUAG